UCUAUAAUUUCCCCUCAGUUCUUUCAUUUUGCAUGUACUGGGAAACAAACGGUGAACCAUUAUUUGUCUACAGUAAAAAUUAGUAAUUACAUUUCUUGAGCCUCCAUGAAAGUCCCUCCAAAGAAACCUCGUUUUUUUAAACCAAUUCUUCCAGGCUUCAAAAAUGGACUUAAAAUUCCCACAGGUUUCUUGAAGUAUCUGAAGGGACACGAGCAUAUUAAACGUGCAGUACUAAAAAGUGAUGGUAAGAAGUGGCUGGUGAAGCUGAACGGGCGACAACUAGAAGAUGGUUGGAAAAAGUUUGUUGAGGAGCUUAAUUUGCAAUUGGGAGAUUUGUUGAUUUUCAGACAUGAAGGAGACAUGGAGUUUGAGGUUUCCAUCUUUGAUUCCAGUCACUUGGACAGAGAAUACGGAGCUGAAGAAAAAGAGCAUACUCCUGAAGAAACUUCAAAGAAACGUGAAUUCAAAGAAAAACCAAAGCCCAACAUCAUGUCAUCACACAAGGCUCUCCCCGAUAUAGAAGCAGCUAAGGACAUUCUUUUGGAUCGCCCCCAUUUAUUUUCUACCGUCAAAUCCCAUUGGAUUUCAAAGUUUGUGAUGCAUGUUCCAAAACUAUUUGCACGCGAAAGUGGCCUCAUCAACAGGAGAUGUAGGAUAAUGAUAAGAGAUGAGCAAAGGUCAUGGGAGUUUAAGCUAUAUUACAGUGCAAGCGGAACUUUCAUUGGAGGUGGAUGGCGUGAAUUUUGCGCUGCUAAUUCUUUAAAGGAAGGAGAUCGCAUAAUGUUUGAGAUAUUUUCCAAGGGAGAGACACCUAUAUUGAAAUUCUACGAUCUAAGAGGAGAGGCGUCACUCCAGCCCAAAGGAAAGAAGACUAAUUUGGAUACUGAAAGAGUUUCCACUCAAGGCCGUGGGAUUAAGACCUUGGACGUGAAUGCUCCGAAAUUACAAGUACCUGCUUCAACAUCUGCUGAUGCCAACCCUUAUUUUAUAUCUACUAUUAAAUCUUAUUCCAUGACCAUUUCUUCUUUGUAUUUCCCUUUGGCUUUUGCAAAAUCAACUGGCCUGAUGAAUGGACGUCGUGAGAUGAUUCUCAUUGAUGAAGAACAUAGAUCAUGGUCAAUGUGUCUAGGGCAAAUGGCAAAUAAGCAAUUUGGAAUUAGAAGGGGAUGGACAAAGUUCAGAAAAGCAAAUGGUUUCCAAGUAGGAGAUACUUACAUGUUUGAACUCAUCCACAACGGCCAGAUACCUAUAGCAUUUUUCCAUUGCAGUAAGAAUGCGGGAGACGUUUUGGAACCAAAAGAAAAUUUUCACUGAGAAUUUUGAAAAUGUUUGUAACUUUAGAAGUUGGGGAAAAUCUCGUUGUUAGUUAAAUUUUUGAAUUGAUCAAAAUUUACUUGCCUGUAUGAGCUGACCCUCACUGGUGAGAGAGUGAUUAAAGGGACACAACGACUUUCUCAUUUGAUUUUGUGUCUAUAAUAUUUUGAUUAGUCUUCUUUUCGGAGGUUACUCACCUGGUGUCUAGUAUCCAUAUUGGAACUCGAGAAUUCGAACUCGAAACUUCUGGUUAAGGUGCAUUCGAACUCGAGACUUCUGGUUAAGGUGCAUGGAAGGAUCCUAUGCAUCCUACCACAACUAUUGGUGAUGGGACGAUUAUAUAGUGCUUUAUAUAAUUCAGUC